AUGGACAUGUGCCUAAACUGUACAGAAACAACCAAAGACUUUGCUAGCAAGGCGAGUCCAAAUUCACUUUUCUAUUGCACAGAAAGAGAAAAUUUCAAAUGGAUCUUCAACGAAGAUGGACACAAUUACAGCUGGAAUAUUCUUGUCAUCAUCCGAUCUGUUGCAUCUCCUUGUAUCGUACUUUUAAACACUCUCGCUAUCAUUACCAUGCAGAACACGAACAUUUCAAGAAAGAAGUGGACCAUUUUACUAUCCAGCAUGGCCGUAACAGAUCUUCUCAUUGGGGUCUUAGAUAUCCCAGCGACAGUAACCGUUGAUGUAUUGAUUGUUUACCGAGUCUCCUUUCAGUAUAUUUGCCACUUAGACUGGGCCAAUUUUUGCCUCAGUAAUAUCCUUUUAGCAUGUUCAGUAUAUCAUUUGACAGCUAUUGCCCUGGAGAGGUACGUGGCGAUUCGAAGGUGGAUGGACUACCAAGUUAUUGCCAGAAGAAGCCGUCUCAGAAAGUUGGCUUUAGCCACUUGGUUGUGGACAAUUUUUACAGCAUGUCCAGCUUUUAUCAUGCAGGAUUUGAGAGUUUCCAGGAAUGCUGUGAAAGCUUGGAUGUUGAGUGAACUUGUCGUGAUAACUGGUUGUCUAAUCCUUAUUUUGUAUUUCUAUUUGGUGGUGCUUCUGGAAGUGCGAAAAAGCAAGAUAGCUGACAUCCGUCGGUUCAAUGUAUUAAUAACAAAAAAAGCAGAAUACAAAAUUGCUACAACGACUGCCCUAUUAAGCUUUGUUGCCUUCUUUUCUUUUCUGCCAGCCGGAACUGCAUUUAUAUUCGUAGAUAUUUUUCCUGUAAUUCAAACAAACCAGUAUUUUAUUUUCCGUUCAACACAAAGUCUAGCACAGUUAAACUCUCUGCUGAAUCCAAUCCUCUACUGUUUCAGAAAUCCUCAGUUCUGGAAAGUUCUGAAAGAAAUGGUAGGAAUAAAAGGUAACACAGAUUUUCAGCCAUGGCUAAAAAGAACACGACACAACCAAGAAAAUAUUACAAACUAUUCACUGAAAGACAAACGAAGGGUGGAGAAGCAUAAGAACUUGAGCAAAUCAAAAUCCUUCAGCGAAGGCUUCCUUUCAGAUCCGAAUAGAAAAAUGGAAAUGUUACCGAGGAGGUCAUUGUCCUACCCCAUUCCUCGAUGUGAGGCCAGAGCAACAUUUAUCGACGGUCAGAAACAACAGGCACGUUGA